AUGGCCUUACCCAAGAGGAUCAUCAAAGAGACCGAACGUCUCAUGAACGAGCCUGUUCCAGGUAUCAGCGCCGUUCCUCACGAAGAUAAUCUACGCUACUUCGACGUUACCAUCGACGGCCCGUCACAGUCUCCUUAUGAGGGCGGCCUCUUCAAGCUCGAGUUGUUCCUGCCGGACGACUAUCCCAUGACACCCCCGAAGAUUCGCUUCCUCACCAAGAUUUAUCACCCCAACAUCGACAGGCUCGGGCGUAUCUGCCUAGAUGUCUUGAAGAGCAACUGGUCACCCGCAUUACAGAUCCGUACCAUCCUCCUGUCCAUCCAAGCACUCUUGGGCGCUCCAAAUCCAGAUGACCCUCUCGCGAACGACGUCGCGCAGAAGUGGAAGGAAGACCAGAACGCUGCCAUCGAGACUGCGCGCCAGUGGACGCAGGAGCAUGCGAAACCUUAG